ACCAGCCAAUCGGCGUCGAGCAGCCGGGACUGUCAUGGCUGCUGGGCAUUAAAACUGAAUAGAUGGCGAGUGUCUGGAUGUGCGAUAUUGAAGAAUACAUGGAUGAAGACUUCAUUAAAAAAGCCUUUGCUAAGGUUGGAGAAAAUGUUCUCAGUGUCCAAAUCAUUCGCGAUAGAGUAACCGGGAAACUCGCUGGCUAUUGUUUUGUCGAAUUUCCUGACAAAGAUUCGGCAGAGAAAUGUAUACAGAGAAUCCAUGGGAAACCCAUUCCAGGAUCUGGAUAUUCCAAGCGAUUCAAACUGAAACCUGCACUCCGUGAAAAGCCUCCGAUUCCCAGCGGCGAUGACAUUACACAGAAAUUAGUAAAUGAUUAUAUUCAAGCUGUUACAUACUACAGCCAGCAGUAUCACCAGAGGACGCCAAGCACAAAGAGCGUGGGAGAGAGCCCCCAGAUAUACGGGUACACACGGAGCGCACCGGAGGUUUAUGAUGAAACGGGAGAGAAUCGAGUAGAAGAUCCUAUGCUGACACUGGAUGUGAACGAAGCCAACCAGCAAUUCAUGGCACAGAGCGAGGAAGUGUAUGACGCGUUGAUGGACUGUCACUGGCAACCUUUAGAUACGUUAAUGUCGAAUAUCCCAUUUUAUUUAAAGAUUAACCUCGUCUGUGUGGAGCAUUUUGUGCAAGCAGUGAGUGAGCCGGCGCAGGGCGGAGUCUGGAAGCGGAGAGUUGGCGGAAUGGCGAGUCUGUGGAUGGGAGACUUGGAGGAAUGCAUGACGGAAAACUUCAUCGCUCAAGCCUUCACUUCAUUGGGAGAGAAUGUUCUCAGCGUAAAAAUUAUCCGCAAUCGGGCAACUGGGCAGUUAGCCGGCUAUUGCUUUGUUGAAUUUCCAGACCGAAACUCGGCAGAGAAAUGCCUACAGAGACUCAAUGGGAAGCACGUUCCGGGAACUGCAUUUGCCAAGCGAUUCAAGCUAAAACACGCUCUCUAUGGGAAGCCACCAGAAGUCAGUAAAGGUCCGGUAGAACAAGUAAUCUCAAACAACAAUAACAUUACCCAGCAACAAGUGAGUGAUUAUGUCCAGGCGUUUAAUUACUACAGCCAGCAAUUUCAGCAACUGUUAUCAAACUCGAAGACUGGUGGAUACGGCUACCAUCCAUACGGGUACACACAGAACUCGUGGCAGGGAUAUGAUGAAAUGGGAGAAGAUACAGCAGAAGAUACCGUGCCCAGACAAGAUCUGCGAGAAGCUGACCAGCAGUUUAUGGAGCAGAGUGAGGAAUUGUACGACGCUCUAAUGGACUGUCACUGGCAACCCCUGGACACACUGACAUCUAAAAUCCCAUCAGAUGACCCAUGAGGGACAGUGAAAGUUGGCCUUUUCAACCUCUAGGACCGGAAACUCAGAAACCCAAUUAUCUGCUUUCAUCCGUAAAUCCAGCGCUGACCAAGACACUCAUCGAAAUGUUACCGAGGAAAUAAUUCUCCCUAAAUCGCUCCAUUGGGUGUUUUCACUGUGUAUUAUUGGCCAGAGAGCAGUCGGUGUGACGUCUACAUUACUUUCUUUAAUUCUUUUAAAUUUCUUUGUAUUAAAGUGGAGAAAAGAUACUAGGCCUCUGGCUGGCUUAAAAAAAUUUUUUAAUGCACUUCGGAGGUUGCGAUGUCAUAGUACUCCAUUGCGCAAAGGUCACCUUUGAAGCAUUGUUUGGUGUCAUGGGGAAAAAAGCUGAAGGUCCAUUUGUAACUGUAAGAGACUGAAUAACCUCAUAGAAACUCUGUUCACAAUGUAUAUUAUGGGACGAAAUCAAGCCUUCUGCUGUAUAAACUGUAAAAGUCCCUCCUGAAGCUGAGUGCCUUUAUGAUAAAUUUUAUUUUUGAGAAUUCUCAAGUGAAAAGAUUAAUGUGUUGAAUCUGACUGUUUAGAAAUGUGCACGUAAGGUGUUUAGAUUUAUGUUAAUUUCAAAUGGGGUGUUUGCCUACUCUGGCUGUUAUGUAUUUAAGAAUGGUUUGUUUGGGGGUUUUGUAAAUAAAUUUACAGCGUGUUCUAAACUUUU